AUGUCUUUCGUUGCGCAAAAUCUUGGACGAGUUCCAUCGGCAAAUAAACGGUUGUUCUCAGCAGUCGUACGCAAGAAUAUUUCAGUCGAAGAACGAGCUGCUCUUCGAGCUGCCCGUCGAGAACGUGCGAAUCAAUUUAUUCAAGAGGCAACGGGGGUCGAGAACGCGACAGCUGGAACUGCGUCUUCGACGAAGGUCCUUACAUCCAAGUACACCUGGUAUGCUGCUAUAGGCAUCCCAUCAGCCAUACUUGCAUGGGGAUUGAGCGAUGAGAACAGUCCACCUGCUCAACUCUCGAGGGAGCUCGGGCUAACUGGAUUGAUUGAAAGUCUAUCUGAUUCAUAUGCACGACCAGCACACGCAAAGCUUCUUCCCGAUUGGUCUCAGAUGCCAAAUGUUCCACAAGAUAUUCCCGUUCCACACACUCUGGUUCUUGAUUUGGAACAGACACUCGUCAGUUCCACAUGGGAUCGCAAAUACGGAUGGCGCCACGCAAAGCGUCCUGGUGUUGAUAAAUUUCUCCUGGAUAUGGCGCAAUACUAUGAAAUUGUUUUGUAUUCUCCUUCCAUCGACGGUGUAGCUGACCCAGUCGUGAACAAUUUGGACAAAAAUGGAUGUAUCAUGCACCGUCUUUACCGUGAAGCCACACACUACAAGAACGGUGUCCAUGUGAAGGACAUUAGCAGUCUGAACCGCAAUAUCAAUCGCAUCGUUGUACUUGAUGAUGAUCCAGAUGAGGUCGCGUUCAAUCCAGAGAACUUGAUUAAAGUGAAAGCAUAUGAAGAUCCAACAGAUCGUGAGGAUAGAACGUUGGAGAGAAUCACUCCAUUUUUGAUCGAAAUCGCAAGAGAGAACUACAACGAUAUUCCCGGAUUGUUGCGACAAUACCAAGGAAUGGAUGCUGAUGAAAUUGCAGACGAGCAAGAGAGGAGAGUUGAAUACUUCCGACAAGCUCGCGAGGAACGAUUGAGUCAUGGUCUUGGUGGACUAGCAAAAAUGGCACGAAGGACAGUGGAUAUUCAACCUGAGCUUGAUCCUCGCAGCACUUCCUUCGCACCAGCAGUGCAACAACUGACGUCCAAGGAUUUGGUUGGUGCAGCACCGCCAUCUGCCAGUGCUGAUAGUGGACUUAUGGGAUUCUUGAAUCGUCGACAGGAGGAGAAAGAGGAGGACCAAAAACGUAAAUUUGAAAAGUGGAACGAAAUUAUGAUGCGAAAACAAAAGGAAAAGCAACAGCAACAGGCGUAA